AUGGAAACGAAAAACACUGUUCUUCACGAGAAUUGUUCCCUUUUAAAAGAAAAAGUUACCCUUCUGGAGGAAAAAAUCAAACAUAAUAAGUGUAAGGAUAAUAUUCCAUUGCUCUCUGCCGACGCCAAUGAUCAAGGUCAAGCAAAGGCAACUGGUCCUGCUCCCUUGUUCUCCAGUGUUGCCGGCAGUAACCGAAGUAACCGUUCCAGUACCCGUUCCGGUGACAUGUCUAAGCCUAAACAUAACCCUACUUCGUCUCAGAAUCAAAACACAACAACAAAAACAAAUCAAAUUCGACCUGAGCAGGUGAAGGUUGCAAUACAUGAGGCUCAGAGUGCUGCAAAGAGACAUACAAGAAUACACAAACUAACUCAAAUUAAUGGAACUCAAGUUUUGGCAGAUAGAGAAGGAAAAUAUAUCAAAAGAGAUGCAUCGUUUUUCAAAAUAUUCAAUCCUAGUAUUCCUAGUCAAGUCCUCAAACAUCCGUCAAACACUCCCAAACGAAAUGCGUUUACUCUUCCUAGCAUUCCUAUCAUCCCACGGAAAACAGUAUUCUGGAAGAUUAGUUCUAAAGAGGAGCAAGCUACUAUACUUGAAGCAAGUUCGGUAACACCACCUACUAGUGAAGAUCCAGAUAUGCAUGAACCUCAAGAAGUCCUCUCAGAUGACGAUAUCUCGUUCAGCUCAGCACCAGAAGCACCUACAACAGAUACAGACAAUAUUUCAGUUAGUGACUCAACUGAAUGUGAUAACUUCAAAAAGGACAUUUUGAGCAACCCUGACAUUCAAGAAUUUCAAGCCGUUGAACCCUCAGAUACACAUGUAUCUUUAAAUCGUUGA